AUGAAGUACAUUAAGGCCGCAUUUUCAGCUAGUGUCGACUGGGUUACCUCGUUCUAUGCGUAUCUUAGUGCUGGAAAGCAAGAGGCCCGAAGGGCGGAUGAGCACCGUCCAGCGUCCACGGGCAAGCUCCACGCACCGAAGACCCAGCUCAUAUCGCCAUUGCCUGAUGCAUGGAUCAAGCGUACACGCAACACCAUGAGUGCUCCUGUCGACAAGACUCUGGCCGUCACUGCAGACAAAACAGGACUGCGACAUCACGACUUUGCCACAGUCGUGCCUCGGACGAAAUGGCUCAAUGACGAGAUUGUCAACGGCCUUCUUCUAUGGCUGGAUCACGCUAUUAACUUGGCGUCUGGCAUCACCGAUGUCCAGACAGAAACCCGCAAGAUUCUUGUUCAAAAUUCCUUUUUCUUCCAGCAUAUUCGAGAUAGAGGUGUCCGCAAUACACAGCGAGCACUAGGUCGCAAAUGCGUCCGAAAGGCGAAUUUCCUUGACAUUGACAGCAUAAUCAUGCCCGUAUGCGAAAACAAGCAUUGGACUCUCAUUGUGGUUCGCCCUCAGAAGAGAACCAUGUCACACAUGGAUUCACUGACAGAUUGCGCCAACGAGAAGUAUAUCAGCCUCAUCACUGCGUGGAUCAAGGACGUCUUGGAGGAAAAGUUCGACAAGAACGAGUGGAAGGCGGUGAAAAUCAAGACACCCCGUCAGACGAACAGUUCGGACUGCGGCGUCCACACAAUUACGAACGCCAUGUGCGUGGCUCUCGGCUUCGAGCCAAAUCAAACAUACAAGGCUGGAGAUAUGCCCUUACAGCGCCUACGGAUUGCAUCGGUGCUUCUGCACGGGGGGUUUAAAGGCGAAUGCAGCCUGCAUGCACACUGA